GCGCGCGUUCUCUCAGUUCUCCCGUAGAUCCGCCUAGUGUGCCGUCACGUAUCUCUCAAGCCUCGGUAGAGAUCGCUUCUCGCGCGCGGUGGGGAAGCAACGGCGUCGGUAGGAGGAAGAAAACAACUUAUCCGGACUACCCUCGACUCCUCGCGAAAAUUGUUUUUCUUUUCUCCGUCGUAACGCACAUCGAGACGACGUGACUAUAAUAUGAUUAAGAACGAGGAGUGAAGCGUGUCGGAAUAGAAUCGCGGAAAUAAUUGAUGACACACGGGGUAAUUCGAUCGCGGCCGAGCUCUACUUUGUAUCUCUGUUGGACACUCUGUUUUGCGGCGCGUCGUGUGUAAUGGAGGCAUUUAUUAUUAAUUGGUUGGGGAAUCGCGCGGGUUUUUUUCCCGACGUAGUUUUGCAUUAGCUAAGACCCGAUAGGUCUGAGUGUACAUUUCGCGCUACUUGGAAGAAGAAUUGGAAGUUGCUUGAUUUCUCGGUAGAACUUUUUCGCGAUAGUCGAUAUUCGCGCGUAACGUCAAGUUUACCCUGUCGGACCGGGGAAGGGAGCGAUAGAUUCGAUUUGCGACAUUUGUGACGGAAGUAGGGCAAAGUCGCAGCGUCGCGUAAUUUCUCGUCUACGUCCAGUCUUUGUCCAGAGACCUCCGCUUCUGCACCCCCCGUACGGCCCAAGAGGAAUUUGCGUUCGAGAGAAGAGAGACAGGACGUCGGGAAUACACCUUGCCGAUCGUUCCCGCCGAGGACGACGUCGCGACGACGCCACGUAUAUAAAAAAAAAUUCGCGACCUCGCUCCAUAGCUAUAGAAUCUCCGUUCGCGAGUGCAACAGUUGAAGUCAAGGCGAGGAGAGUUUGAAAGUGUAGUCCCGCGCUGUGCGUCGCGAAUCGAUAGCAGGCCGAUUACGCGGGAACGCGCUCUACAUGUAAAUACGCGCGCACCCCCGUCAAGAAGUGUGUCCGCCCCCGCAUUCGGUCACGAGAUCGGCGAGGGCGGGUCGCGCGUCGCGACAGCGAUCGCGUCGCUUUUGAUCGCUUGAACUCUUUUACCCUCCUCCUCCUCCUCUUUUCUCGAUUGGAGGGGAGAGGACGGGGCGAUCCGCUCUGCCCGUUGCAAUCAGUGUAACGCCACGGAUUUAUUAUUUAAUGGGAAUAAUUCACGUUUUAUAUAACUGAUGGUAUAUCAUACGAGCAACUUGCAUUCCACGCCAUAAUCUGGGUUGUCCUUAUUGUGGUGCGUUAUUAUGUGAAAAAGCGAAAGGCUCGUGCUCUUCAGCGGUACCACAAUCUGUUAUCCACAACGUGAAAAAUCGCGAGAUUUAUCCUUUUCCCCCGAGCUGAGAUAGUAAGAGAAGCAGGUGACGGGUAAACACACACACACACACAUGGGAGAAACCAUGUUGGCGAGAGUCAGAAACAGCCUUCUCUGUGGCAUGCCCAAAUGCCCGACUAUCCGUAUUCCAGGGAUGGAGAAGCCGGAGUCCUCCGCGGGGGGCGAGAGCGCCGGGGAGCUCGAGGAUCGGGAUCCCAACAGCCUGAACCAACAUCUUCAGGUGAUGUGGGACGACGUGAUCGGUGAGCCGGAGGGAAUCCGGAGUCCCGAAUGCGCCUGGCGGCUUAGCGGCCACUGCUUCCGGCUCUCCAGAGGAUGCUGCUACAUACUCCUCUCCGUCCUGGUGGCGCCUCUGCUCGCCCUGCUGUUCGGUUUCAUGUUCGCAUGCCUCGCGUUUCAGCAUAUAUGGUGUCUCGCGCCGUGCCUGCGCAUAUGGAAGAUCACGUGCGCGGCGAUGCGAAAUUUCUUGGCGGCGGUGACGCAGGCGAUCAUACGACCACUUAUGGAGGGACUGGGUUAUCUCUGCUACAAUAUCCGUAUAUUCAAUCAGAGGCUACCCGACGGUCCUCUCCAGAAAGAGGAUUUACUGAUCGUGUAGCUCGGAGAUGCCAGCGGCGAGCAACAUCUAUCUCCCUCGCCGACUGGUUCACGACAUUCCGCUACUCCGCGGUCUCCGCAUCCUUCUGAACAUGAACACGUUGCCGUGAUCGAGCAGACCGUAUGUGUCGAUAGUGUUAUGAGUGUUAGCGUUUAGAGAUAAGCGAUGAGAGAGAAGGUGUCUAAUUACAGAGAUACUUCCCACAUAGAACAUGACGUUUCUCCAUUAGAAAUCCAUUAGAUUCCCAUAGUUCCAUGUGACGUAUAAUCAACAUAGAGUCAGACAGAUCUCCAAUAGAGAUUCAUCGUAGCCAUGAUAGAUGUCUUUUACAAAUCCAGCAUAAACGUCUAUUAAACAUCUUUAUGGAUAUACGUAUAAUAGAAUUAAGUGACAAAUAGUCGUGGCGGCGUUCUAUUUCUCGUAAUUAAGAAACAAAACAGGUGUCACGUCCCGGCCAAGCUAGGCUGCCGACAAGGCAGUGCGCGCGCUUUUUGGCGAGACUGGCUGUCUCGAAAUCUAAAUUUCGUGGACCCCAUAGCCCAGAGAUCUGAGAUAGUCCGAGGACUUGUGAGACGGUUAAUAUUGAAGAAUCGGGAUUAUUCCAUGGGAAAUCUUUCUUUCUAAUUAGAUAGUAGAUGAAAUCUUCAAUUUCACGCGGGCAACGAUCGCAGUCGCGAGGGUCGCGAAGUGUAGCCAAAGAAACGUGACACAAAUCGCACCGCUGAGGAUUGAAUGACCUUCCGAAGUGGAUCUAACGCUGAAUUAUUUCGCGAUAGUGCUUCUUUGCGGCGGGUUUGAUUUACCAUUUCUGGACAUUCGACGAAUUGCUCAUCGCUGCGACGAUAGUAGAGGGUAGUUACGCACUGCGCGCUGUUCAACCACGCGCGAAAUGCGUGGUCAGAUUUGCGUCGAAUGGCAGUUGAUGAAGCGGAGUACAUAGUAUAAAGCUGUAUACAUGUGUUCUGCUUUGUAACGUCAAGCAUAACACAAGUAUAAAGUUUUAUAAUAUGUGAAGUAGCAACUUAUUUGUUCCUGAAGAGAAGAUCGCCUGUGCUGCUGCGCACGUAGUAGGUUGUACAAAUUCUAGGCCUUUUCGUUCCUUGGCUGCUCAGUGUCUCCUGGCCUCGUGUCUUUUCUUAUUCAUAAGCGCGUAUAUAUUCGCAUAUGUGAGAGCGGAUAUGCGAGUGAGCACAGAGAGUUAAGCAGAAAAUAUAUACAACUACUAAUGUUAGUACACAACACUAAUAAUAACGUUAAACAAUAAUUAAGUACUAAGGAGAAGCUAAGCUAUGGUUAAAAUUACAAGCUAGCGAAAUUAUUCAAAGAUUAAUACACUAGAUUUAAUUAUUAAUUUGAAUUGGAAUGAAUAAAGAUUUAAGGAAUUGGUACUGUAACAUUGCGCGGAUAUCGAUAGAGACUUGAAUUAGUAAAAUUCAGUUAACGCGCAUUCGCGGGCGGAACUUCUCAGAUACUCGGCUACUGCUUGCUGACUACUCGACUACUAUCUGACUCUAAUUGUCCGGAGUCGCGGGCGGAACUCUUACAUGUAUACGUUUCUUAGACAAUGCCCAAAAAGCGAUAUUCGGGAGGGUUGGCGAUGAUGCGAUCGUAGGCAAAAUUUCUAAAAAGGGAAACUAAACGGGAACAAAUUUUAUUAUUCUAAGGGCCGUGCGUGCAGAUUUUUCUGUCGUGAUAAUUCGACACCAAAAAACGUGUGGAAAAGUGAAACCGACGGUCGACCUGUCGGUAUAUACAAAUAAAUGUGAAAAAUUUUCCGCUGUGCCACGGACGUGACAUGUGGAUAGAAUUAAAGGCAGUAUUAUAUGGUAGUAUUAUAUUCUAACGAAGUGAUGAUGAAACGAUUUGUUGAACGUAAAUCCUUAAAAUGUUUCUCGUCAAAACGGUAUUUUGACAUUUAGCCAAAGCAAAUCUAUAAAGCAUCUAUUAACCUACUAGUUUAAUGUCUGUUAGUCGUUCAUCGAAACUCUGUGAAACAUUUAGAAUUAUAGUCCAUAGCGUCUAGUGAAUAUCUAAUGGAGGUCCAAUAGAAGUGUGCCACGUGAAAUUAGGAAUUUAUAGUGGCGGUCUAUUGGAAGUAAUGGAGAUUGUAUAUUUUCUUGAUAAUUGUCAAAAAAAUAUGCAAUCUCCAUCAAUUCUGUUAGUUUUCGUUCUAUGUGGGUUGCGAGACGUGGCGAAAGUUCGAAAACGGGAUAUAUCACGAGCGAAAUUAUAUAUGAUUCUUAAUAUAAUCAUUGUAAUAUCUUAAUGUAAUCAUCGAGAACGCCGACGGUCUAAGAUAGGCGAGAGGACACCAUCGCGACAUGCGCAACACACGUAAUCGGAACGCAAGCGGUAUAUUUUUGUAGCUCUUAGUUAUAAUGUGACGCGUCAAAGAAUUUUUUUUUUCCGUUCAACUAUCUGCAAUGCAGCGUGCGACAAGCCGCUGUUCAGUACGCUAGUUUAAGUAAGUGUAAAGGUCCUCAGCGCUGGCCUUGUAAGAAUACAAUAAUUUUAACUCAUGCGCAUGUCACGGGGUGGACGCAGAUCGGGAGUUAAGAACCUUGAGUAACAGGCUAGUCGAUAUUUUACGCAGAUUGGCCUUUUUGUCAUUCACUGUUGAAUUCGAAACAAAGAAGACUUGGUGUUUCAUCGGGCGGGAGCAUACAUAAUUACCUGAAUGAGAAGUGAUUUCGGAAUGAGCGAGCCGUCGAAUGGGAUUCAUUCGUUAUAAUAUUCGUUAUAAUAUUGAUCUAAAAUUUUAAUCAAUUUGGGAAUGUAGCUAUUAAGGAGAAGAUAUACGCGCGAGGAGGAUAAAUAUAAAUAUAAAUAUAAAUGUGAUGUUGACAUGUUAAAAAAAUUUAAGACGGCGGAAAAAUUUUUCGCAUACUUAAUAAAAUUGAUGCAUAUUAAAUUGUCAUUGUGAUUUUAAAAAUCGCUAAUUACAAAUUUAAUGUUAGAAUUACUAAACUUUAUUAAAUUUGUACUGUAAUAAAUUUUAAAAUUUUGAUUAGAAGUUAGAAAUUUUCUACCCUUAAAAGCUCUUAAAAGCCAUUGUUGGAAAAUUUUAAUAAUAUAUUGAAAAGUGUUUAAUUAAUUAAUUCAUAUUUAAGGGAUGAAUAAGAGAUAUACAUAAAUAUAUAUAAGAGAAAUAUACGUUUAUUAUAUAUUGUCUAAAACAAAGAACGUUCUUAGUUCAAAAACAAACACCGAAAGUAUCGGAAAGUCCAGACACUUAAUUUCUGUACGAUCUUAAAUAAUUAAUUUUAGCUCAAUUAACGUUUCUCGAUAAAGCGAUAAGAUAACACGAAACCGUUGUACUAUCAAUACUCUAUGUGUAAAUUUAUCAUCGGUAACAUCCUACCAUUUGUUUUUGUGUUUUUCUCGGCCGUUGUAGACGAUUUGCGAAAAAAGCAUUCCGCAACAUCGAAACUUAGAAGCUGUACAUACGAAUCUCCUGUAAGAGAACUUUUGCAAAUAAAAAUGUAGAAGUUGAUACGAGAAAAA